CGUGCGUGAACUGUUCCACAGUGUUUAAAUCGGGAUAUGUGAGAAUGAAGGAAGGUGAAGCGUCAACUAACGGGGCUCUGGCCUUCGCUUUGAUCUAUUUCACGUUCUUUCUGGAUAAUGUGCUGCUUACAGUUGUAGUUCCUAUAAUACCGGACUGGGUGCGCGGUGAGUCGUUGGAGCUGUGGACCACACACGACGCGCCUCUUGCUGUACUGCUGAACAGUACCGUACAUAACAUCAACACAGAAGAUACUCAAGGUAUAGGGGGAUCCCAAGCAGUAGUAGGACUAGUGCUGGGUGCUAAAGCAGCAUCACAACUUGUGACGGCCCCUUUUGCUGGAGUAGCGGUCUGCAAACAUGGCCCCGCUAAGGUACUCCGCGCUGGUACCUUAGUGUUGGCCGGUGCUGCCACCGUGUUCAUGGCAUGCAGCCGGCGGGCGGGCGCGGCGGGCGCGGCGGGCGCGUGGUGCGCGUGCGCAGGUCGCGCGGCGCACGGCGCGGGCGCGGCGCUGGCCGGCGUGGCGGGGCUGGCGCUGGCCGCCGCCGCCCUGCCCGCGCACCAGCGCCACCGGGCCAUCGGCCUCCUACUCGGGGCUGUUGCUUUAGGAGUGUUAAUUGGCUACCCAUUUGGCGGUGCAGCGUAUGCACUCUGGAGUCGCGGAGCCCCAUUCCUGCUAUUAUCUGCUGCAUUACUUGCUGAUCUUCUCAUGCAAUAUGUGUUUUUGGAUAAAGAAGAGUUCAAUCAAAUUUCCACAGAGCGUAGUGAUUCCACCAAGAAUGAACUAUGGGGCGCGCUUAGAGUAGCGAAGCGCGAGUCGACAGGCGCUUGCGUUGGAGCUAUACUGCUCACCACCAGCGUCAUGGCAUCAUUGGAACCUUGCCUUCCUCUUUGGAUUAUGAAAAAGUUUCAUCCGCAGCGCUGGCAAACAGGAGCGGUGUUCAUCCCUGACAGCGUGGGCUACCUGUUGGCCGCCAGCUGCCUGGGCGGCGUGGCGCGACGGCUGGGCGCCGAGCGCGUCGCCAUCACGGGGCAGGUCGCGGUGGGGCUGGCCGCGCUCGCCGUGCCGCAUGCUACAUCUGUGUCGCGGCUGGCACUGCCGCACGCGGCGCUGGGCGGCGGGCUGGGCGCCACGGACGCGGCGCUGGUGGCGGCGCUGCUGGCGCGGCACACGCGCCGCCUGCCGCACCUGGCCGCCCUGCUGCAGGCCACCUCCAGCGUCGCCUAUGCACUCG